AAAUUGUAUUUGAUUAAACAACCGUAAUUAAUUAAAUAGGGGAACAAAACACCGAGUCUCUUACCGCUAGUCCGGCUGUUUACUGGUUAUGCUCAUCGCUCAAAAGGCUCAAAAUCUAAAAAGAAAAGGCUGAACAAGUGUCCUUUGAGGUUAGGUUAACUUGUCGGAAGACGAAAUCGAGGAUAGAAAGAGAAAAUAAUUAAUUACGUAGUCGUCCUCCGAGGGUGGGUGAGUUUUCAAAAAUAUGGCAAAGUACUUAGCACAAAUAAUCAUCCUCGGCACGACAAUGGUAGGAAAAGCUUUUGCGAGAGCUCUUCGUCAGGAACUUGCUGCUAGUCAGGAAGCUGCUCGUAGAGCUGGAGGUGGACAGAAAGGGGCUCAGAGAGCAGCUGCAAAUGCUAAGACUGGUCUUACUCUAGAAGAAGCUAUGAAAAUUCUCAACGUGGAAAAACUGGAGGAAAGUGAACAAAUAGAUAAACAUUACAAAUAUCUCGUGGAAGCGAACGAUAGGUCGAAAGGAGGAUCUUUUUACCUUCAGUCCAAAGUAGUCAGAGCAAAGGAACGAAUUGACGAGGAACUCCAGAAUUUAGGUGAACAAAAACAGAAAAAAUAUAGAAGAGGGCAACCGGAAACAUGAUAUUAUGCAAAUUUAAAAUUUUAAUAUUUAAUAGACAAACUGUACAUACUUUUACGAUCACUAUUGAAAACAUUGUUAAUAAAGAGUCUAAGUCUAGCUUAGAACCAAAACAAUAUGA